AUGUAUGAUAAAAAUUGUAUUCGUUCAUAUUGCUACUAUGAAAGUCUACGAUUAACCGUUCAAAUCGAUGGAUAUUAUGGUAUUUCAACUGGUAAAAGUUCUGAUAUAAACAUAAAUCUCUACAAGAAUCACUUCGAUCCGUUAAAUCCACGACAAAAUUUAGUUGAAAUUGGUAGAUAUGGUUGUUCUAACGGUGAUCGUGAUGGAAGAUAUACAGCCUAUCUUGAGUCUCAACUUCACGACCCAUGCGGAUGA